AUGGAGACAUAGUAGUACCUUUUCAAAAAAAUGUGCUCCAAAAUAAAUUUUCAUCUCAGGAACCUAUACCCGAAGUUUUUUAAGUAAAGAAAAAGUACUGCUCAUGUAGACAUGCAAUGCUAAAAAAUCACUUAGAAGAAUCAAAAAGUUAAGACAAGUAAAGAUUUUUUUUUUAAAAAACACGCUGAGAUUAUAUUUAAAAACAUUUUUUUUUAUGGGACUAAAUCAUUUUCAAAAAUACUUCAAAAAAAUUAUAAAAUUGUUAAGCAUUUUAAAUAAACUAACUCAUACUUUCAAAAAAACUUAUUGACACUUAUUAAAAAUAACCAAUACACAUACUUUCAAAAAAACUAAUUGACACUUAUUAAAAGACAACUUCAAAAAUAUUUAUGUUUGUAAAAACCAAUAAUCAAUCUUAUAUUAAUUGCUAGCUCAUUGCUUUAGUGCUUUCUUGGAAAUGUUUCUUGUGUCUAAGUCUUUGUUUACCUGCUUAAGAGCUCUAGCUAAUUGGCCUAAAAAAAAAGAAGAUCUUCAUGA